GAUCCAAAGUCCUGAGUCUUCGAGGGGCAUGCAUUCUAGCUACAAUUUGUGAAAUAUCUGGUGCCAUCCUUUUAGGGGGUCACGUUUCUGCGACAAUAAGGGAAGGUAUCGUCGACAUUACGUUAUUCAACUAUACGAACGAUGGCCCGAAACGACUAAUUUAUGGCCAGAUAUCCUCGCUUGCCAGUGCUUGCGUAUGGAUGCUGAUUGCGACCUUCUUCAGAAUACCUGUUUCUGGUACCCAUAGUAUUGUCGGCGCUACAAUCGGUUUUGGAUUAGUGGAAUUUGGAAUUCACGGCAUCAAAUGGAUGGGCGUUCUAAAAAUUGUUCUCUCGUGGUUUAUCUCACCUGUGCUGAGCGGUGCUGUCUCCAUAUUCAUGUUCAUAUUCUUCAAACAUUUUAUACUCACAAAGGAAAGGCCUCUGGAACCAGCAUUGCGAUCUCUCCCCUUUAUAUAUGGUUGUACAGUUCUAGUGAAUGUGUUCUCAGUUUUAUUCGGAGGCAUUGCUAGUAAGUUUUAUAGGCGGUAUCUUUAA